GGCUUCUAAGCGCGUCCUCGUGAACCAGGAAAUAUGGCGGCGCUCACGCCACUGAGCCAGUUAUCAAGUGGAAAUGCUGCAUAUGAGAGCUUCUACAGACAGGUGGAUCCAGGAAACACAGGGAAAGUGGGCGCUGCGGAGGCAGCACAGUUCUUAAAGAAAUCAGGGCUUUCAGACAGCACACUGGGGCAGAUCUGGGAUCUGUCAGAUCCAGAGCAAAAAGGUUACUUGGAUAAACGGGGUUUCUUUAACGCCCUGAGGCUGGUGGCUUCCGCCCAAGGUGGCAGUGACGUCAGUGUGAACAGUUUGAACCCGAGCGUCUCUGCACCUAUCCCAAAAUUUAGAGACACUCUCAGUCCGUCCCUGAACAUCUCAUCUUCUGCUGCUGAUUCCAGCUGGGCAAUUAAGCCGGAAGAUAAAGCAAAAUAUGAUGGGAUAUUUGAGAGUCUGUCUCCAGCUGGCGGGCUGCUGUCAGGUGAUAAAGUGAAGCCAGUCCUCAUGAACUCUAACCUACCAUUUGACGUGCUCGGAAAGAUUUGGGAUGUCAGUGACAUUGACAGAGAUGGACACUUGGAUAAGGAUGAGUUUGCUGUGGCGAUGCAUCUGGUUUAUGCAGCUAGAGAGAAAGAGCCUGUGCCCUCCACCCUCCCCUCAUCUCUCAUCCCUCAAUCCAAACGCAAGAAGAUUCCAGGCGCUCUUCCAGGAUCCGUUCCUGUUCUCCCCUCCAGUCCUUUCUUGCUGAAGGAGAACCUGCGACCCACGCCGUUGUUCGCCAAGAGUCCACUGAGCAGCAGCACAAAUCUCUCUCCAUCCAACUCAUUCAGGAUUUCCACCCCGACCCCACCACUACAACCACAAACACACACACAGGCCUCCUCUGAGCACUGGGUGGUUCCAGCUGAUGACAGGGACCAGUAUGAGGAGAUCUUUGACCUGGCCGACUCUGAUUUUGACGGUCUGGUUGGAGGAGGAGAAGUCAAGGACAUCUUCAUUAACUCUGGACUUCCUCAGAGCGUCCUGGCACACAUAUGGUCCCUAGCGGAUACUCGGAGUACCGGCAAACUAACCAAAGAGCAGUUCUGUCUGGCCAUGCAUCUGAUUCAGGAGAGAGUUAAAGGAGUAGACCCACCUAAGAGUCUGACCCCUGACAUGAUACCACCUUCAGAGAGAGGAGGCACCAACACACCCGUUCUCUCUGCAUUCACACCAUCAGUUGGGUCUGAAUUAACCCCGUUCACCACUCUGAGCAGGGACAGUAGCAGUUCUGUCGGGUUGGUUGAGCUGACGGGAAUCAAAGGUCUUGAUGACAUCAGCCAGGAAAUCUCACAGCUGCAGAGUGAGAAACGCACAUUAGAGGCAGAAAUCAGGCAGAAAGAAGAAUCCCUGCGACAGAGGAACAGUGAAGUCCAGGAGGUGCAGAGAGACCUCGAUCUUGAAAAUGUUGGUCUUCAGGAGUUGGAGCACCAGAAACGAGACGCUCAGGACCGACUGCAUGAGAUGGAGCAGCAGAGAGCCAAACUGGAGAGCACACUGAAUGAGACCAAGAGCAAGUGGCAGGAGGAGAACGCCAAGAUCACAUCGCUACAGGCUCAGAUCCUGUCUCAAGAAUCAGAUAUGCAGACUCAGGAGAAGGAGUUGAGCAGGACGAAGACUGACCUCUAUUGUAUGGAAGAAGAGGAGAAACGGUUGGAGGGGAGUCUGGGUGCAGGCAAAGCCAAACUAGAGAGCAUCCUUAAACUGCUCAAAACAUCAAAGGAUGAGAUGGACCAGACACGCAGCAAGCUGAGGGAGGUACAGGAGAGCCAACAGGAACUUAAUAAAACCAUAGAGCGCUACAACAGAGCUCUCAAUGACAGCAAGACUAGUCUGGCAGAGCUGGACCAACUCAUUGCUGAGGAGAGCUCAAGCACAGAUGCUGUGGAGGACUCUCUGGUGAAGUCCAGAAUGGCCUUGUUUAACAGUACCAGCUCUCAGGUGCUGAACGCAGACCCCUUCCAGAGAGAAAACCCCUUCAAAAUUGACCCCUUCAAUAAAGCUGAUCCUUUUGGUGGAGAUCCGUUUCAACAGAGCGACCCGUUCAAAGAUCCGUUUGCUAAUUCUGAUCCAUUUGGUGAAAGUUCCUCAGGCCAUUUAAAGACCAUGUCAUUCAGAAGAACCAGCCAGAUGUCAAUGAGUCCCAAACCUAAAGACUCAGACCCAUUUUCUGCAUCAGACCCGUUCAGUAGCGACUCUUUCGAAGGGAAAAGUGGUUUUGCAGAUUUUUCUCUUAUGUCAAAGGGAUCAAGCUCAGAGCCGAUUGUCCGAAAGCCGACGUACCCUCUGCCCCCUCCGAAAAAACCCGGACCCCAGAGACCAGCACCACCUCCUUAUGCAAAGAAAUCAGCAGUUACGUACAGUGGUUCAGUGGCUCAUAGUCAACCAUUUGGUGCUCCGACGGCUCGAAAGACCCAAACGGACAGAGGGCAUGUUUCCUCGUCCGCAUCGUUACGGUCUGCGGUUAACCCAUCCACGGGGUUAAAAGACUUUAGAAGUUUCGGAAGUGAGACGCAGCAGCUGGAGUGGGCCAAGCGAGAGAGCCAGCGAGAGGAAGUGGAACGUAUUCAGAGGCUCCGCCUACAAGAACAACAGGACCUGGAGCUGGCUCUCGCCCUCAGCCGAGCUGAAAUACCCUGAACGAUAAACUGUUACAUUCCCAAAGCCGAGACUGACACCACCACUUUUGAAUGGAGGUUUGGAGUGAGGCUGCCUCAAUCACAAGCUCUUUCUGAUUAUCACUCAGGUUUGCUGUCGCUGUGCCUCAUGAUGUCACUCGCACAUUAAAACCAAUCAGCACUCAAAGAUCCCUGGACCGAUGAGGUGCACCAAAACAGUCUAAUCACCCAAAUAUUUUAACACAUAAACCAAAGGUCUGUGUAUCUAAGUGACCCAUGAAGAUACAGAUUAACUGCAUUGUCAUGCACUGAAGGAUGAUGAAUUAUGCUUUUUGAAGUCUAUAUAUAUAUAUAUAUAUAUACAGCUUUUACCAAAUACUGUAGGACCAGCAGGUAGGCAAGAUGCAGACCUCUUAAGAAAACACACGAUUAAAGAUAUCUGAUAUCAUCAGAAAUUGCACAAACACGUCUGUGCUUACAUGCUGUAUGUACCGGGGUAAUCCCAAUAGUCCCAAUAGUAAAUAUCAAAUCCUUCAGUAUCUACCUUACCCUACUUAUGCACUAUGCAUGUGUUGAUAUACUGAACGUUAUCGAGUGUUAUUAGACACAUUAUAAUCCAAUGAUCUAUUCUUUUCUUCCGAAGGAAAAUCACAAACUAGUUUUGUGUUUUGCACUAUUCAUAUUACACUUGAAGAAUAGAAGAAUAUCUUAGCUCGGUGGUCAGAUCUUUGAAGCCCCAAAAAGCACAUAAAGGCUGCACAAAAGUAAUCCAGGGGUUUAAUCCAUGCGUUCUGAAGCGAUUUAAUCAUUUUUGGGUGAGAACAGACCAAAAUAUAUCUCCUUUUUCACUGUACACCUUGCCAGUCUCUUGGCACGAUCAUGAUUUCAGGCUCGAUUACACUUCCUUUAACGCCAUCUAGGACUGUGCUUUUGUCGUACCUUCAGAAGACUUGGAAUAUGACAUGACGGGCGAGUUGCAUGGACUACUUUUAAAGACCACUUUUGGGUGCUUUUUUAAGCUUUAAAGUUAGUCACUAUCAAUGACCAUUGUAUUGACAUGAAUUUAAAAUGUAGCUUUUGUGUUCCACAUAAGAAACGUCAUUACAACAUGAGUAAAACACUGACAAUUUUCAUUUUUGGGUGAGCUAUCCCUUGAAAGUCUCUACAACAGCUUCAGACCAAAUCAUUCAAACCAGCACUCCUGAAAAAUCUCUUGCCUUAGCCAAAUUUUGAGUAAUUUCUAGUUUGCUGCUGCAAAAAUUAUACUGACAUUUUUAAAUUGAUGUUUGGGGAGUAAGCUUUCUAAUGGGUUAUCUAAAUUUAUUAAAGCAUUAUACUGUA